AUGUGCUCGAUCGCAUCUCUCAUUUUGAUGACAUUAACCGGAGUGUUUUUCGGAAUAGCUUUCAAUUCCGACGCCGAAAGUUACUCGGUGCCAGUCAACUGCACAGUCAUGUCACCUCUCGUCCAAUGUGAACAAUCGUAUGGGAAAAGGCGAAACAAGUAUUGUUCAGCCAUCGUUUGUUUAAAACACAACAAGGAUCACAACAGCACUAUUGCAAGUCCAUCGAGUUCCCACAGCAUGUCCCUUCCUCCGACACUCCUCACACACCAUUCGAAUUCGAUCAAACCACGAGAAAUUACCUGCCCUCAACCGAACAUUCGAACCACUUUUCGAUUCGAAGAUUCCACCAUUUAUUUUACUUUUUCGGAAGGUUUCACAACGACUUGUUUUGAAAAUCCAAAAGAUCGAAUUUGGGUCUCGUAUGAAAUUUAUACACCUGCUUCUUCGCACUGGAAAAUUAUUGGAAUUAUUAGUGCUAUUGGAAGUUUGAUUUGUGGAGUGUGUGUGGUCGUGAUGUUUUAUCGAUUUUAUAAAGAUCGAAAAACUUAA